AGGCCUUGAGUGUUUACCUGGUCAGCAGGUGAGGAAGAUGUGCAGAGGAACACACAUAAAUGUGUCUGCAGGCAGCCAGCACAUGAAGACAAUACACAUCCCCAAAUCUAUGAUGUCUGCACCCUUCUUACAGCACCCCGCUCUUACAGCUGGACAGAGACGCUACCUUUGCAGCAUAGCAAAUGUCUACAGUACAGAGCACAUGAGGCGACAGAUGAAGCAGCACUAUCUCAAUGUGCUGCACACAUGUGUCCAAUCAGGUCAGAAUCCCGCCUGCAGAAGGAGGUAUGGGGAUCAUCAACUGAGAGAAAAUCGCAUGUUCACAAAGGAUGCUGGGAAGGAUGUGGAGGCAAGGGCAAAGCCUCAAGGGCAGAGGAAAGGCAGCAGCACAGCGACUUCUGAUGUCAUCCUUCCUAAAAUAGUCAACAGAUGA